AUGGCAAGUCAAGCGAUAAAAGCAGCUGAUCAACCACGAUUUCAAUGGUAUUGGAAAUCGAAUUCUGAUCCAUGGUCAACAAAUGGAAAAGAAGAAUGGACAAAAUAUUCUGAUAUCGAAUCAGCGAUUAUCGAACAAGCAUUUAUAGGAAAAAAUAAAACAAAACUAGUUGAACUGGAUAAUUAUUCGAUUAACUUAAACGAUUCCAUUCAAAUCAGUAAAUCGGAUCCAAAUAAACAACGGCCAAUAAAGCGAGUUCUAAUUAGUAGGAAUGAAAGUCAAGGUUUAAGAGAAGAAAGAUUCUUUCUUCCGCCAACAUUGAGUAAAACGUUCAGUGAUGACUCGGGCAAAGACGCUUAUACUUUCCUUUCAGAAUGGAAGAACGGUAAUAAACCUUCUGACGCUGAAAUAGUGAAGCAGGCAGCGAAUGGAAUAAUUAUCGAAGGAAAACAACUAGGUCAACAUUUUGGUGAGGACCUCACCCUCGUCAAGGGAGCUUUCCUGCGAGCAAGUUAUCCUUUAUCAUGGUUUAAUAAUGAGUAUUGGUACAAUCCAGAUGUGGCAUUAGAUAAAACAGCAAAUUUAAUUCGUCAAUUUAAAGAAGCAUAUCCGGAUACAAAAUUAAUUCUUACGACAUUGCCACUUUUAGGUAUUCUGGGUUCGAAAUCAUCAGUUGAUCAGGUUAGAGCUGAUAACGACGAAUAUAACAGUCGGUUGUUGGCGUUAUAUGAUGAUAUUGAUGUAAUUAACGUUGCUUUUGAUGAAAAUAUGCCGUUACGUGAUGGUAUACAUUUAAAUUCAUGUGAUACAAAAGAACUGCAAAAAAGUAUGUAG